AUGGUGUGUGCAACGACUCAAAGAGAAGGAAUCGAAGUAGGAGAGAGCCAUGUCGAUGCGAUCGGGAAGGUCGCACUCACAUCGUCGAUCGUCGUGAGUGGGUUUCUGAGUACCUCACACAACGGUCAGAUGUCAGAUUCUUUUCUGUCGUGACGAUCCUGCCUGGUGUGAUGAUUGAUACCUUAAGGAAACUGCUGAUCGCGUGGAUGGAAAUGAUCGGCGCGCUGUUGUAGUCGACGCGGGUUUACAUAUCGGUGUGUACUCGUAGAACUGACUGGAAGGGCAGUUUAUUCUGCUUUCUUCCCUUUGUGCUUAUGGGAGCACAGCUGGCAUGCAGGAGACGUGAGGAGAGAAGAUUAAACGCUCUGGUUUGCUCUCCAUAAACAGGUUGAAAGAGAAAAUCUGUGAUGAAGUCAGAGAGUCACUGCAUGAGAAAAAAUGAAGGGUGAAACAAAACGGAUAAAACGAUAACAUAACAACGCCUUUGAGCUGUUGAAGGAAGAGAUUGGCAAAGAAGGGGGGAAAGAGUCCAGUGCGGUACUUGGGCUCCAGAACCCCCUGGAUCAGCAAGGGACAACAAUAUCGCACUUUUACUUGUACCGUUUGUUUGAUAACACAUAAUGUGCACAACAACAAUGUGGGAGUCGAGGAAGGUGAAAUGGUCUGCUGCUGUGGCACCCACUUCUUUUUGUUGUGAAUUGCUGUGACUGCUCACAGAAGUGGAGAGAGAGAGAGAGAGAGAGAGAGAGAGAGAGAGAGAGAGAGGGUGCUGACAGGGGAAUCGAAAGACCUGUGGAGGAGAGAGGUAAGUGGAAGAGGGAGGCUUUGUGGUGGUUUGAGGGAGUCCUUGGCAGAGGAGUGCUUUGCAUAGUGAACCUGAGGGGGAUCAUCCUGGCGAACGGGUACGGUAAAGUCGGGAAUCUUAGGCAUUUGCUUGGGGUGGGUUCCAAGCGUGGCGCUGGCUUGGGUACACGGAAGGUGGUGGGUGGUGGGAGGAGUGGGACCACCAUCUACCGUACUAUGGUGGAGCUCCAGAGAUGGAUGAAAAAGGUAGCAAAAAGUGAAUCCGAAGACGAGACAGUGAUGGGCUCUCUGGAUCCCCUCCUCCCUUCGUCCGCUUUGCCUUUAGGUUCAUCUAGUACCUUUCGACUAAGUCGAUUACCCGGCAAAGUAAUCACAGUGCUUGUCGUAAUUGCCUGGUAUGUCUCUAACAUCGGUGUUCUUUUACUUAACAAAUACCUUCUUAGUAAUUAUGGGUACAAGUACCCUAUCUUUCUCACAAUGCUCCACAUGUGUGCCUGUUUUGUCUACAGCUACGUUUCCGUUGCAUGGUUCCAAAUUGUCCCUAUGCAGUUCUUGACCUCCCGGCGCCAAUUCCUCAAGAUUGCUUCCUUGAGCGUCAUAUUCUCUAUCUCCGUUGUAUCCGGUAAUGUCUCUCUCCGUUACUUGCCCGUUUCUUUUAAUCAGGCGGUAGGCGCGACCACCCCCUUCUUCACUGCGAUCUUUGCUGUCUUGAUUAUGUUCAAGCGCGAGUCCCGGGCCACGUAUUUAACCUUAAUUCCCGUCGUUCUUGGCAUUGUGAUCGCAAGCAACUUCGAACCGUUGUUCGAUCUGUUUGGGUUCUUGAUGUGCAUCACGUCAACGUCCGGUCGUGCUCUGAAGUCCGUCGUACAGGGCAUGCUUCUUACGUCCGAGUCUGAGAAGCUCAACUCAUUGAAUUUGCUCCUGUACAUGGCACCUGUUGCAUGUUUGGUUCUUCUUCCCGCCACCCUUAUUCUCGAGGGGAACGUUGCUGUUCUAACUUUCUAUAAAUCUCAGGAGAGCUUGUUUAUCAUCCCCCUCCUAUUUGCCAAUAUGACCAUGGCUUUCUCUGUCAAUCUCUUUAACUUCCUCGUGACGAAGCAUACCAGCCCGCUGACGUUGCAGGUGCUAGGGAAUGCGAAGGCAGCAAUCGCGGUUUUCGUCUCCGUUCUGCUCUUCCGGAACCCUGUUACGGUGAUGGGAAUGGUUGGAUUUGGCAUCACUUUGAUUGGCGUAGUAUUGUACAAUGAGGCUAGGAAACGAAGCAAACCUCGAUGACAGAACCACCACCAACCCUCCUGUCGCGAUCGCCCUUUCCACCCAUUUCUAUUGCUGUUCUGUUCUUCUCACCCUUUUUUUUUUUUUUUCUCUAUCUUAAUUUCACCUUUACGUCCUCAACCUUCGGGCUUUUCUCACGGGCUUGCGUUGCAGACUUCAGAGACUUGCUAGUUUCUCUUUUUGCGCGUUCUGGCCUUGUUUUCUAAUGUCCUGGCCCCUUCCCCCCUCUUCGCUUUGCUUCUGAAUCGGAUUACCCCGGCGGCUACAACUACAUGGUCAUCACAGAGCGAACGCUUCUAGCUUCUGUGAAUCACCACUCUCUUUGCAGCCCCCUCCCUCGGCUGAGUUGGCAUUUGUGCGCUUUCUACUUCCAGGAGGUUCUGCACAGACCUUCACUGCUGGAUCGGGAGUCCGACGAUGAACCUUUUUACGUUUGGCAGGUUCUGGUGCGGGGCCAGUGUGCAUCACAGCAGGGUGCUAUGGGGACUGGUGGGUUAAGACGGGGCAUUUCUUUGUAGUCGGCAGAAAUUGCCCCGCUUACACACGAGUAUUGCUGCUUCUGUCCGUCUCUGACGAGAGCCUGUCUGAUGACUUCUUAUCAGCUCAUUCUCUCGAUCGUCUUUUCCGACGAAGCCACUUGCAAAGUUGCCCCUGGAGACGAAGUCAAAAAAGUACCGGAUUGCAAUUUUGCAAACAAAUGUGUUUGCCCUUUGCUGUCUCUCUUGUCAACUGAUACAGAACUAACCGUUUCGCUUGCACAGUCUUCGAUUCGACCAUUGAUUCAAAUGAUCGUGGGGGGGACCACCUUUUCCUGGAUUGUUGCUGUGCGCGCACGUUAUAGGGUAGGUAGACUCAGCUCUUACUCAAUAUGCCAUUCAUUACCCCCGACCAAGAAUAACAUAGCGAUUGUUGCACCAAGUUGCUACAAACUCUCAACUCUUUUGAUGAAUGUGAUGGUCAGUACUGAGCUGAAGGUCGUGUUACAGUAGAUUAAUUAAUAGGUUGAUUGGCUUGUUAGUAGGGGUGGUUAAUUGCUUGAUUGAUUGACCGGUGGUGGUUUGAACUGAGAGAACUUGGCCAAACUGUGGGGCCACUGAAGUUGAUAUGCCAGCUUCUUUCAGCUCGGAGUUCACAAAAGCCCGCGCUCUGGAUAAG